AUUUACUGCAAACACUCACUAGGCGGAUCAAGUUCGGAUUUACCAAUAUUUAGAAAAUGAAAUUAGCAAUAAAUUUUGCUUUAAAUCAGACAUAAAUCAGGAUAUAUAACCGAUUCGUCAUAUCCAAAUGAUAAAGGAAGUAUCUGGACGUAUUCAGACAAAGCAACAUGGCUAGAAAACAUCUAGAAGUGUUGCUAAUCACCGCUAAUGUGGGCUCAAUAUUCGAAGAUCCUGAACACACACUGAAGCAAUGGAUGAACGAGUUUCUCACAUCGAUAAAGGCUAUGUCCCCGGAGUUCAUAGCUAUACACUGUCAGGAAGUGGGGGGCAAGAACUAUGAAGAAUCGAUGCAAUAUGUCAAUGCAUUUGUCAAGGGUAUGUUGGCAAGUGAUGAACUCCAGGAGUAUGACAGAGUCAGGGUAUUCCUGGAUGAGGACUUCACAGCCCAAGACAAGUUCACAGCUUUAGGCAAUCUCUAUUUUAUCCAUGAAUCUGUGAAGUCUGUUGAAACCUGGGACUUUGACGAAAACAAAUUCGUUGAAGUGGAAGGUAAAGAUGUCCUCUCAGGGAAUAUUGAAAGUGUUCCUAUAAAAGAAAAAAGAAAAUUUCCCCAACAUUUUUUCCCUGAUUUUAGGUGGUCAAGAAAAGGUUUCAUCAGAACCAGGUGGUCAAUUAACAACUUAAAGUUUGACUUAAUUAAUAUCCACCUGUUUCACGAUGCCUCUAACAUACUCGCGAUGGAAACUGCUCCAUCAGUAUAUGUUUCAAACAGAAAUGGUGCUCUACGGUAUACAUUAGAAAAGCUUGAAAAUGACGAACUUGAAAAUGUGCCAUACUUUAUGUUUGGGGACUUCAACUUUAGGCUCGACACACACGCUCUAGUCAAAGAUCUUACACAAAACCAUGUAAAAACAAACAGAUGUUCAAUACGAAGUAAGAAGAACGACGAAGUAACGAAAAUUAUAUUCAAAGAUCAGGGAAACAGUGAAAAGCCUAUUUUAACUGUGGGCAAGAAAGAUUUCCACCAUCAUCUAAAACACGAGGAGAUCUUUCUUAGUAGUAAUACAUGGUUAAGGAGUUUCGACAAAGAAGUAAACCCAUUUUACGACAAAACAAAUGAAUUUCCCAUUCAUUUCCCACCAACAUACCCAUUCAGUGAGGACAUAGAUGAUGGAAGGUCAUAUAUGAAGACUAGGUGUCCAGCAUGGUGUGACAGAAUACUAUACUCUCACAGUGCCAAGGAGAUCAUUAUACAGGACUCUGAGAAAAAAGAACCAGAAUAUUAUAUUAUUGGAGAAAAUAUAUGUAUGGGCGAUCAUAAGCCAGUGUACCUAAAACUGAAGCUCCGCAUAAAUCAACCAG